AUGUCGCAAACAAAAUGGGAAAGCUAUAAAAAUGUGAUGACGGCUGUUUCAGCAUAUUGGUGAGUUGUUUCUGAAAUGUUUUUGAUAAUAUAAAUUCUUAUAUUUUUCCAGGAUUUUUUCGAUUGGUCUUGUAUUUUUGAACAAAUACUUGUUGUCAAAUGUGAAACUCGAAGCUCCUUUGUUUAUUACAUGGUUCCAAUGUCUUGUGACUGUGGCUCUUUGUUUAGGAUUGAGCAAACUUUCAAAAUCAUCCGGACAAUUCACAUUUCCUGCAAUGCCUUUAGAUGUGAAAAUUAGUCGAGAGGUUGGUCCAUUAAAACAGUUCAGAUUGAAAUUUAAAAUGUUAAGGUACUUCCACUAUCGAUCGUAUUUGUUGCAAUGAUUUCAUUCAAUAAUCUUUGUCUAAAACACGUUGGUGUUAGCUUCUAUUAUGUCGGUCGAAGUCUAACUACUGUUUUCAAUGUUAUUUGUUCGUAUUUGAUCCUUGGAAGUACAACCUCCGGAUCAGCAAUUGCUUGCUGCGCACUUAUCAUUUUCGGAUUCUUCCUUGGAGUUGACCAAGAAGAUGCAACUGGAUCACUUUCAAUGAUUGGAGUUAUUUUCGGAGUUUUAGCCAGUUUGUCAGUCGCAUUGAAUGCGAUCUAUACAAAAAGGUAAUAUUCCAGAAAAUGUGAUUCAUUGAAAUGAAAUAUGAAAUAUUUUCAGAGUUUUGUCAAGUGUUGGUGAUUGUCUUUGGCGUCUUACAAUGUAUAACAAUCUUAAUGCUCUCGUUCUUUUCCUUCCACUAAUGCUUUUCAAUGGCGAAUUCGGUGCAAUUAUGUACUUUGAUCGCCUGAUGGAUCUAACAUUUUGGUUUUUAAUGACUAUUUCGGGUGUUUUUGGUUUCAUGAUGGGUUAUGUUACCGGCUGGCAAAUUCAAGCAACUUCCCCACUAACCCAUAACAUUUCUGGAACCGCUAAAGCCGCUGCUCAAACUGUCAUGGCUGUUGCCUGGUACAGCGAAGUCAAAACUAUGCUCUGGUGGACAAGCAACUUUGUCGUACUUUUUGGAUCAGCCAUGUAUACAUACGUUCAAAAACGUGUUAUGGAUAAGAAAUCGAGUCAACAAUAUGUUUCACUUCCACAAGAUGAGCAAAAAUUGCUAGAAAGAGGAGAAGGUCAACAACCAUCAGCAGUAUGAUUUAAAAAAUUCAAUAUAAUUAUUCUAGGAAGUCGAAGGUAA